CAACUGGUUCCAACAGCUAAUGGGCGUAUGUGCCUUCGAUGACCCAUCCUGACUCUCUGAUGCUGUCUGCUAAAUUAUUCGUUUGGCAUAGUGGUAUCGACGCCUUAUGAUUAGACCUACGGAAAGGGAUUUGAAAGUUAUCGAGCCUACCUUCACCAAGCGAUGGAACGAAUUCUUUCUGAAGGCCCCAGAUAAACUGGUCGUGUGGAUUGGUCCGGCUUCCAAGUUCUGCAUCCCACAUGACAACCUGGGUGCAAGCUUUUAUAUUUCUCUGUCGGACACUAUACGGAAUACUGUGCGUCUUUGGGCCGAGUUGGCCUUAAUCCAUACGCUCCUCUUGACUUGGAGACCGGCUUCCUUGACGAGUAUGUGGUUCUCUUCUUGGCGAGCAGACCCCUCUGAUUUAGUCCUUUGCUCAAGUCCUGCGGACUUGGCUGUUCUAGGAUGGGCGUAUAAACACAGUAGGAAACUUGCUCGACGCAUGGAUGCCUAUCGCGGCUGUUUAUACGGGGUCAUCCUCGAUUCCCCGAAGGAAAGAGGCAGCCGUCGAAUUCCAAGUUCGAGGUCCGAUUGUUGUGUUGCUCCCGAUAUCAACUAUGCAAAAGAAGAUGACGACGCAAUUGAUGGAUACCUCCGUCUACAUUGAGACCACUUGGCAUUCAGUGAGAUAUCUUACCGUGGACGGGAGGAGAGAUGUUAAUAUCAACAUAACUCGCGCCAUCUAACGUCGGGGCGAACACUAACACUGCGUUAGUCAUCGGAGAGAAAACAGCAUUGAUUAUUGAAGAAGAAUUGGGGAUUAAAGGAAUUUAAGGCAAUAUACUCCUCAGCAUGAGUGUUAAAUAGGAUUAAGCAAUACUUGGUGAAUUCUAUCGCGUACUGACUAAGUACUAAUUUAAUUGUACUCAAUUUGUACUUGUAUCGUCUGAC